AGAUUGAGAAAUGUCAAACAACCUAGCGCCAUUCAUUUAAGCGAGAGACCAAAAAGUCAUUAGACUACAAUUGGAUUCUCAAAGUGUUGAAACAAAUUUCGUUUUGUUUCCAUUUGUUCAAUUAAAUUUCAGAGUGUUUUCAGUAGAAAGUUGCGAAUUGGGUUUUAUUUGAUUUUAGUGAUUCGAUGUGUUUAGGAUAAGAGCAAGCUAUUAACGUCUGUGUUUUUUUUUUUUAAAUAAACUAUUCGAUUUUUGUUGACCCAUUCAUUGCAUAUGUCUUGGGGCGUUUGCAAACAAUAGCUUUUGCAGCCGACAUUUGUAAUCUUGUUAGGGAAAUUGGUUUGCCAAAACUCUCAAUAUUCUCAAUUACGACUCUCAACGACACAGCUAUUUUUAGGUUUAAUUAGGGUAUUUUUUUAAUUUUUUUUAGAAUGUCAAGUUUUUAAUUUGUUGACUAUAUUAUUCGAUUGUGUCAAAUUUCAUUAAUACAUUCGCCACCCUUUCUUUCAUUUUAUUUCAUUCACUCACUCCAUUUUGAUUAAUGCCCCCAUUUCUUUUGAAUCACAAAAUUUAAUUGAAUCAAAACGCCAACUGAAACACGCACACAAACCAAUUUUAUCAAUUUAUGUUGGAAUUGAACGAAAAAAAUUUAAAAUCAAACACAUGAUAUCGCUGUAAUAAUAAAAACAACAACAACAACAAAACAACGACGAUGAAUAUACAGACGGUGCAAAAUGUUUCGGAUUGUGUACCAUUGUAUUUACCGCACAGCUUGUAUCUCAAGCCUUAUGCAAAAUUGGUUAUAUCAGUGCAGCUGCCUGCCACUGUCACUGGCAAAAGCAUAUCCAAUUGGGACGUAAUGGAGAAUCUACGCAACAUUAUUUCACCCGAUAAAUUCUCGGUGCUUAAGGUCACAAAGAGCACACUUGAAUUGACACGUUUGGACGCUGAACUAGAGGAUAGGGCGCGUAUGAAACCAGUUCUAACCAGACUGGAUGGAAAUACGAUUAAGCUGAAUGGUUUUUCGGAGCCAGCACGAAUUCGCGCCUCCGAACCCAAAGACAAUUUCCCAAAACGCCAUGAUUGGGACUCAUAUUUUCGUGAUGCCCGGAACAUGGACGAAAAAAAAUGUGGUGAGCGCCCAGAUACCAUUCACAUUUCGAAUCUACCGAUUCGCUGGUUUUGCCCACGGCACAUGGAAAACGAAGACGAUGUCAAACCCAGUGAGAGUAUAUUCAAGCGAAUAUUCGAGAAAUUCGGAUCGGUGCGCGUUGUUGACAUUCCCAUUUGCGAUCCGUAUCGCAAAGACAUGAAAUCUCACAUGACCGGAAUGAAGACAUUCAGCUUCGAUCAAGAGCUGUAUUUUGAAGGAUAUGUGCAAUUUUCGGAGUACAUUGGCUUUGUUCGAACGAUGGAUGCGUUACGUGGCAUGAAGCUAUUGCGCAAAGAUGGCGACAAAAAUCUGGCAAUUAAUAUUGCUGUUGAUUUUGAUACAACUAAACAUCUUACCGAGACAAACAUCAAACGUCGUCAAAUCAUUCGAGACCGAUUGAUCAUGAAGGAAAACGAGAAACGUGAAGAGGAACGCCGCAAAGCCGAGGAAGAGGAACAACGGAAGGAAAAUGAAAGGCAAAAAGUGGAACAACAAAAAAUAGAAGAGUACGAAAAGCAGCGACAGCGUGAAGAAAAACGAAAAGAGAAACAUUUGAAAAAGAUACGUGAACAAGAGCAACAUCAAUUGAAUUCAAAGAUUCGAUCGGAGGAGAAGAAAUUGCUCAUUGCCCAACGUAAGUUGGAGAGCAUUCGUGUGCUAGAAGCACUUUUCGAUCGGAUUAAGCUGAAACAUCAAACUCUCAAAGCAAAAAUCAAGAAGGAACGCGAUGAAAGCGGUUCAAGAGACAAGCAUAAUUCGUCGUCUUCGCAUAAAUUGAAAACGUUUGAUCUGCGUAAUAAAUUGAUCAGCAAAGUGAAGUCAGUGUCAGAGCAAGAGUUGGAAAGGCAGAAAAGUCGAUUGAAAAAAUACAAAUCGGGUAUCGUGUUGGAUCGUGGUUCGAAAGAACGUUCGCCCAGCGUAAAUUCAAUUAGUUCGAAUGAGAGUAUUUUGAGUGAUAAACCGUCAACCAAGAAAAAGCGAAAGAAGAACAACGAAUCGGAUGCUUCUCUGGAUGAAGAGGCAAAUGAUGAAAAACCAGGACCGUUGAUACCCGGAAUGGGAGCAUAUCCCGUGUAUCAUCCGGAGACCGGACAAUGGAUGGGCAUGUAUCCAUAUCCUGCUCCAUUCUUUCCACCAAUGUAUCCAGGCACUGUGCCGUAUAACAAUUAUGGAGAAAUUGGACGAGGUGGCUAUCGUGGGAGAUUCCCACGUUCCAGAGGCAGACGCGUCUAUAGAGGCCGUGCCAAUCAUUAUGGCCACGAUGAGCGCAGAAAGGACGACGAAUGGUAUGAUCACAAACGCAGACAUCGUAAAAGAUCUGGUUCCGAUAGAAGUAGAAGCCGGAGUCGUUCGUAUUCAUCGCGUUCUCGAAGUCGAAGUCGAUCAUAUUCACGAAACCGCCGUAGCCGGAAGAGUCGCAGCGGAAGUCGCAGCCGCAGCCGAAGCCGCACCAAAUUGCAAGCAGAACAUAAAUCAAAGAAAUUAGCCUCAACGCUAAGACGAUCGCAUUCAUCAUCAUCAUCAUCAUCAUCCAAUGCAUUCAGACGGUCUAACAGUCACUCGCGUCCACACAAGCACAGUCGUUCAUCGCGUAGUCGUCAUCGUUCGAAGGAAACUCGCCGUUCACACUCACGCGAUAAAAAUUCAUCAUCGAAACGUGACAAAUCUGCAUCGAAUUCGGAGAGAAAAAAGCGACAGGCAACACGAACUCCAUCUCCACCCAAAAAGGCAUCCGAGCGUGAAAAAUCACAAACAACACCGCCUGCCAAACGAUCCCCAUCGCCACCUCGGAAACAAUCAAAAUCCCGAUCCAGAUCGAAAUCAAUCGAUAGCUCCGCUUUUCAAUCGCCAAAACGCAAAGCACAAAGUGUUACACCCGAAAAAGAAUGGGAUUGAAUUCAAUCACAAAUUCAAUGUUCCUUAAGGAUAUGAAAAGCAAUGGAUUCGAUUUUGACAUUUGCUUUUUUUCCAAAUUCUACUUUGAUUUAAAGAACAAAACGAUUCUUUUUGUAAAUAACGAGAAAAAAAUAGAAGAAAUUUAUUUGGAAAACAA